AUGGAGAUCACAGUUUCUGAAAUACAAGUAGAAAGCAAGGAUGAGACGAGAUCAGCAGAAGUUAGACCUCAGGAUGAGAGGCAGGAGGAAAAAGCAUCGAUGCUUUGCUUCAAGAGAAGAAAAAAAGCAGCCAAAGCAAUGAAGCCUGAAGCCAGCUCUAAAGCUGCUGAUGCAGCAAAGAAGUGUCCUCCAGAAGCGCGAGCUUCUGAUCAGCCACAGCGCCCUGGCAGGGCCUGGGACUCAAUCAAACGCCUUGUAACACGCAGGAAAAGGUCAGAGUCUUCAAAGCAGCAAAAGCCCUUUAAGGCUAAACUGCAAUCUGAAAUCAAUGCUGAGGAUGCUAAUCCUUCUAAGAAAAAGGUAAAAUCCAGACUCAAGAUUCCCUGCAUAAAAUUCUCAAAAGGAGAGAAAAGAAGUAAUCACUCCAAAAUCAUAGAAGACUCAGACCGCAGUGUCAAAGUCCAAGAGGCUGAAAAUCUGGUUACAAAAACUCAGACCCAAUCAGAUGACCAGGCAACAAAGAGCAAGUCGCCCCAGGAUGUAAGGGAAGAUGUCUCACAGAAAGGGGACAAUGAGGUCUGUGAAUCAAAUGUGAACAGCAGCAUAACUUCUCCUGGAGAGAAAGUGAUUUCAGUAGAACUUGAGUUAGAUAUGGGUCAUUCUGCUAUUCAAACAGGAACUCUAAUCCUUGAAAAUACUGAAAUGCUUGAGGAAAAACAAAGCAUUCAACCUCAGCACGUGAGCCCAUUGGAAGCUUCGGACACAGAACAGGAGCUCCCAGUGGGUUCUGAAGUUCCUCCCUCACCUGCAGUCCCAGAUCAACAAAUUCUGGAAGAAGCCAGAAAUGGUGUCCUAGAAAGUGGACCAGAUUGGAAGGAGCAUGAAAGUAUAGAGAUUGUUGUUGAGGAGAGUAAGCCAAAAGAUACUGAAUUGAGCCAGGAAUUGGAUUUUCAAGAAAAUGAGAUCACUGCAGAAAAACCCAAACCAGAAGAAAGCAAAAGAAUGGAGCCAAUUGCUAUUAUUAUCACAGACACUGAAAUCAGUGAAUUUGAUGUUAAGAAAUCUAAAAAUGUCCCUAAGCCAUUCUUAAUUUCAAUUGAAAAUGAGCAAGUAGGGGUUUUUGCUAAUGACAGUGGUUUUGAGGGUAGAACUUCGGAACAAUAUGAAACACUCUUAAUAGAAACAGCUUCUUCUCUUGUCAAGAAUGCUAUCCAGUUGUCUAUAGAACAGCUUGUUAAUGAAAUGGCCUCUGAUGAUAAUACAAUAAACAAUUGUCUACAGUGA